CGGAAUGUCCCAAGAUGAAAGGUCUCUAUUAUGUGGUUCUGGAGAUGUCACAUUCUGGAAGAAAGGAUGAUCCCUUUAAAAAUACUAGCCAGGAAUGGGUUUUUCAGGCCAGUUCAGGCCGGGCCAGUUUCUGGUUUUGGUGGUGGUUCUGAGCCUGGGUCCCGGCCCGACACGGAGCUGCUUGCAGUGCGACCCGAAUUUCACCGCCCGCUUCGCCUCCUACGCUCCCCGCCUGAGCCGCAAGUCCUGGGGACUCGGGGAUGUGCCGGCUACAGGCCGGCAGUUGAGGGGUUGGACCAACGACACUCUGGAAGAACUGCAGCUUGGGGUGCCAGCUGAGAUCCCUAUGGAGAACCUCACGACUAUCGCAUCCAAAGUGUACGAAAAACUUGAAGUCCUGUUCAAAGGGAAAACCUACAAACAAGGUGUCCUUCCGGAUCUCCUGCACUCCAUUUUCCAGGAACAAGUGUCAAUGCUACGGAACGCCAUCAUUGAAAGUAGAGUAAAGUGUCAAUGGCACUGUGGAAUCAGCCAAUACGACGCCGUCUCUUGUGUGACAUGCACCUCAGUGAAACCGACAUGCUUUGGAUACAACUGCGAAUCCUCUGAACAGUGGGAAAGUGCCCUGAAAGGCCUCUAUGCGUACAUAAAAAAGUUGCACAAAGAGCCUGGCAAGGAAUGGUCAGCCAUGCUGAAGCAAAUCCCUGGAUUCAGUCAUUGUACAUCUAAAAGUGUAGAUAACCUGAACUUCACAAGUAUUGAGAACACGCUAUCCAAGAACUGGCUCAACGUGAUGGCCCUGAAAGAAUUGGAAGGAGAUCUGCCGUUGAUGCAGCUGCUGGCCCCGAGCUGCUGAAUUGUUUCUUGAAUGUGUAAGCACGCCAAAAUUCGAUGUAUGCAAUAAAAUUAUGACUGAUCAACCAA